CCUCACACUAUUCUAGCAACUCAGAUCAUCCAAACUCAGAGAGAAUUUCAGCCAUCCAGAAUGAGUGAUUAUAUGCCUCGCCCCUUUCGUUUCGAUGGGUUGGUUCACACCUUCUCAGGAUAUAUGUUCCAUGAGCCCAGGGUGCUGAACCAUCAUCGGUACCUCCAGCAUUUUGACAAGAGAAGGCUCCAUCACAUCACCCAACUUGACCCUUAUGAGUUUAAUGUCUAUAAGUAUGACAUUAUCUCUCUCAUCGAAGGGCUUGGGUGGGACUUUCUUCUUCAACAACCUAUUCAUCCUGCUUGUCCAGGAGCUGUCAAAUACUUCUUCUCAAAUCUCCUCGAGGAGGUUCACCACACUGGUUUAUGGUCACCUGUUAACCAUACCAGUGGAGGCUCUUAAUGGUAUUCUCGGCUUCCCAUCUCAGGGGCUUGGCCUGGCUCACCCAUAUGAGUUUUGGAAGCAUGAGUUCAAGAUUGAGGUGGAGUACAACAACUUCUCCACAGAGUCAACUGGUGGCUCUGAUGUCCCAAUCCCUGUCUCCUGGCUACCUCCAAGGCUGAGGAUUUUUCAUUAUUUCCUCACUCACGUUUUCCUCCCUCGAUCCUUCAACCAGGAUUGUGUUCUCCCAAUGAACCUCUGGAUUAUUGCCAGUGCAACAGCAAGAAGGAAGCUCGAUUUCGCAAGCAUCAUGUUUGGUCAGUUUCUCCCUGUGGGGAACGGAAGUUACAAAGGUCUCUUACCUUUCGGUUCCAUCAUCACACGCCUGUUGAUCAACCUAGGAGUUGACUUAUCAGAGUUUCGAAGUAUCUUUUCCACAAUGUAUGUCAGUGCACUAUACGUGCUAAUGGUACUUGAUCUGCCUACUGACAUACCUCCUCCUCCUCCUCCUCCGUCUGCAUCUCUUCUGGGCCCCCCCUCCAAAAUCUCAUAACUACCUCCUCUGAUGAUUCUGUAGCUUCUGCCCCUCCUGCCUGAACCUUCUAUUUCUCUUAUAUUUAUGUUGUAGUGCUCGUUGUACUCUUCUCUUGUUUUUAAGGAGCCUUUUGUUCAGGGAGAAUGAGUCUCUUAGUCUCUAGGUAGUUAAGAACUGAUGUCCAGUUCCAGCAAGUUAGGGGGAACAUCUUCGAUGUUUCCAUAUUAUGUCCUCUCAACCCCCCUUAGUAUCAUGCUCCUCCUGUAACCGCUUUAAAUGAAUGCAUUUAUGUUUU